UCCAUGUAGUCUGACUUUCUGGGCCCAGGGAGAGAGUGUUGCGAGCCCUAUACAUGACCGGUUUCUCUAGCUUUGUUUGGAUUGAAACUGCGACCUUUUUUGAACCUCCUCACCGGUGAGAGGUGACUAUAGGGAUUUCCCUUUUUUUUUAGCUCUCUAUUUAUUAUUUCACCACAUCGGUGGAUAGGAUGAUAGCAGCACAGCUUCUGGCCUACUACUUCACUGAGUUGAAGGAUGACAAAGUCAAAAAGAUCGAUAAGUACCUGUACGCCAUGCGUUUCUCUGACGAGACGCUAGUGGACAUCAUGAAGCGAUUCAGGAGGGAGCUGGGGAAUGGGCUGGGUCGGGACACCAACCCCACAGCAACCGUCAAGAUGCUGCCCACCUUCGUCAGGUCCAUUCCUGAUGGAUCAGAGAAGGGGGACUUCAUUGCUCUGGAUCUGGGAGGCUCGGCCUUCCGCAUCCUGCGAGUGAAGGUGUCCCAUGAGAAGAAGCAGACAGUUCAGAUGGAGAGCCAGAUCUAUGACACUCCAGAGGACAUCAUCCAUGGCAGCGGCACUCGGCUGUUUGAUCAUGUUGCAGAGUGCCUGGGUGACUUCAUGGAGAAGCAGAAUAUCAAGGAUAAGAAGCUUUCAGUCGGCUUCACCUUCUCAUUCCCCUGUGCACAAACCAAACUGAAUGAGAGUUAUUUGCUCACUUGGACAAAACGCUUUAAAGCCAGUGGAGUUGAGGGAAUGGACGUUGUGACUCUUCUGAACAAGGCCAUCAAAAAACGUGGGGACUAUGAAGCAGACAUCAUGGCAGUGGUCAAUGACACAGUUGGAACCAUGAUGACCUGUGGCUUUGAUGACCAGCGUUGUGAAGUUGGUAUCAUCAUAGGUACAGGUACUAAUGCUUGUUACAUGGAGGAGCUGAGGCACAUUGACCUGGUGGAGGGAGAUGAGGGCAGGAUGUGUAUCAACACAGAGUGGGGAGCCUUUGGGGACGAUGGGAUGCUGGAGGACAUUCGCACAGAGUUUGACAGAGAAAUUGACAGGGGCUCUCUAAACCCAGGGAAACAACUGUUUGAGAAGAUGGUCAGUGGGAUGUACAUGGGCGAACUUGUGCGACUCAUCCUGGUCAAGAUGGCCAAAGAGGGAUUUUUGUUCGAGGGUCGGAUAACGCCUGAACUUCUUACCAAAGGGAAAUUUGAAACCAAACACGUUUCUUCCAUAGAAAAGAGUAAAGAAGGCCUCACCAAAGCCAAGGAUAUCCUAGGUCGCCUGGGUGUAGAACCAUCUGCAGAUGACUGCAUCGCUGUGCAGCACAUAUGCACCAUAGUCUCCCACAGAUCAGCCAACCUCAUUGCUGCCACUCUGGGCGGCAUCCUCUCCAGGCUAAAGGACAACAAAGGGAACCCUCGCCUACGCACCACUGUGGGCAUCGAUGGCUCUCUCUACAAGAUGCACCCUCAAUAUGCCCGGCGUCUCCACAAAACAGUCCGCCGCCUAGUUCCCGAGUCAGAUGUCCGCUUCCUGCUCUCAGAGAGUGGGAGCUCCAAGGGCGCUGCCAUGGUGACCGCCGUGGCCUUCCGGCUGGCUGACCAGCGUCGUCAGAUCACAGAGACCCUGGCUGAGUUCAGACUGACCAGUGACCAGCUGCUGGAGGUGAAGAAGAGGAUGAGGACGGAGAUCCAGAACGGCCUGGGGAAAAAGACCCAUGACAGCGCCACUGUCAAGAUGUGGCCCACAUAUGUACUCAGCACACCAGAUGGAUCAGAAAAUGGGGAUUUCUUGGCUUUGGAUUUAGGAGGGACAAACUUUAGAGUGCUGUUGGUAAAGAUCCGCAGUGGCAAGCGGCGGACAGUAGAGAUGCAUAACAAAAUUUAUGCUAUUCCUAUGGAGGUGAUGCAGGGGACUGGAGAGGAGCUGUUUGACCACAUUGUCCAGUGCAUAUCUGACUUCCUGGACUACAUGGGUAUGAAGAACACUCGCCUGCCUCUGGGCUUCACGUUCUCCUUCCCCUGCAGACAGACCAGCCUGGAUGUGGGCAUCCUGGUAACCUGGACCAAAGGCUUCAAAGCCACUGACUGUGAAGGGGAGGAUGUUGUCGGACUUCUCAGAGAAGGGAUUAAAAGGAGAGAGGAGUUUGACUUGGACGUGGUGGCAGUAGUGAAUGACACAGUGGGGACCAUGAUGACAUGUGCAUAUGAAGAGCCCACCUGUGAGGUUGGCCUGAUCGCAGGAACUGGCAGCAAUGCCUGUUACAUGGAGGAGAUGAGGAACAUUGAGACGGUGGAGGGGGAUGUGGGGAGGAUGUGUGUCAACAUGGAGUGGGGCGCCUUCGGGGACAACGGGUGCCUGGAUGAUAUCAGGACAGAAUAUGACAGAGCUGUGGAUGACUUUUCACUCAACCCUGGAAAACAGAGGUAUGAGAAGAUGUGCAGCGGUAUGUAUCUAGGGGAGAUUGUGCGAAACAUCCUGAUCGACUUGACAAAACGUGGCUUCCUCUUCAGAGGGCAGAUAUCAGAGACCCUAAAGACCAGAGGCAUUUUUGAAACUAAGUUCCUCUCCCAGAUUGAAAGUGACCGGUUGGCGCUACUGCAGGUGAGGUCCAUCCUGCAGCAGCUGGGUCUGGACAGCACAUGUGAUGACAGUAUCAUCGUCAAGGAGGUGUGUGGCACAGUAUCUCGCAGGGCGGCUCAGCUCUGUGGAGCCGGAAUGGCUGCCGUCGUUGACAAAAUCAGAGAGAACCGUGGGCUGAACCAAAUGGACAUCACCGUGGGGGUAGACGGAACACUCUACAAGCUGCAUCCACACUUCUCGGGGAUCAUGCACCAGACAGUGAAAGAGUUGGCCCCUAAGUGCAACGUCAACUUCCUACUCUCUGAGGACGGGAGCGGCAAGGGUGCAGCCCUCAUCACCGCCGUGGGCUGUCGCAUGCGUGAGCAGGAGGAGCAGAAGAACUGAGUCUGUUUGGCCUGCUCCCCUCCUCUUCCUACUCCUCCUCUUCCUCCUCCUCUUCCUCCUCCUCUUCUUCCUCCUCUUCUUCCU